AUGGAUUUCGUCAACCUCGGUGCACAUUGUUCUGUUAAAACUUGUAGGCAGCAAGAUUUUCUACCAUUUGAGUGUGAACAAUGUAGACAAAAAUUUUGUAAAAAACACAGAACACAAAGAGAUCAUAGCUGCCCAUACCCUCCCAGAGAAAAUUACGUAAUAAAAUGCCCUAUGUGUGAUAUGGGGAUUACUCUUUAUCCAAAUAUAGACCCAAAUGUUAUAUGAGAUCGGCAUUUCACAUCAGGGUACUGCGUUAAAAAACAAGGAAUAAAAUGUCCAGUUACAAAUUGCAAAACAUUCCUUACAGAAAUAAAUUCCUGUAUAUGCAAUUCGUGCAGUCAAAGAAUUUGUUUAAGUCAUAGGUAUUAUGAUCAACAUCAAUGCAAAAACAACUCGAAAAAAGACAAAAGCAGCUGUAUUUUAUUUUAA